AGCUCUAUCAGAAAAAAUUGUCUCGGUCCUGCCAAGGAUGAAAUGCCCACACCAGCUGGAGCCCCACCAGAUCCAGGGGAUGGAUUUUAUUCACAUAUUUCCUGUUGUUCAGGUGAGAGCCUCUGUGUGGUUUCUUGUCCUCUUAACAUCAGAAUUCCUGUGAUGGUCCUGGCUUGUCCUGUAAUGGGUCCGUCUGUCCUGGAUCCUGAAUGUAGUGGGUGUGGCUUAGAUUUGCUACAGCAGAACAUGGUGGUGUUCGUUGUCGUCAUCUUCAGAAGAUUGCCAGUCCUGCAUAUACCCUAGUUUCAUGCUGUCACCUGAUGAGAUCUUUGAAUGUUCUCAUCUGACUUUUCAUUGCCUUUUUGGUAAAAACAGAACUCCGUAGCCUGGUAUGCUCUGUUCCCUUUUGACCUAUCCAGCUUGAUUUCAUUCCUUGCUUUUCUUUGUUCUUUUUGUUCUAGCACUCUCUGGCAUUCAUUCAGAUUUCCCCAGGUUUAUUCUUCCACCUGUCACAGUGCUUUUGCGUUGCUCGUUCCUUGGGCUGGAAUGCUCUUCCAUUCUCUUCUUACCUGUUUAAUUCAAAUGGCUUACUUCAACCCUUCAGAUCUCAGUUCCACCAGACCUCUUCAAGAAAGCCUUCCCUCAUCCCCUAAUCCACAGCAUGUUCCUUUAUGGUACGCACUCCUAUGGCCACAUCCCUUUCCUUCACCAGAGUCUUACAGCAGUUCGUAAUCAUGUGUAUCCAUGUGUGUGUGAUUGUUUAUCUGCUUCUCUCAUUAGACUCUUAAGCUGCAUGAGAGCAAGUCUGCAUGGCUGUCUUGCUUAUUGUUUUGUUUCCAGUACCUACCAGAACGUCUUACAGUUUGUAGAUAUUCAGUCCGUAUGGCUAAAUGCCUAAGGGAGAGACUUCUCUUUGCCUCCAGCUGUUUCCCAAACCCCUAUGAUUAAGUGGCUCAUGCUGUACAGCUCCCAAACAGCCGGCCCUCCAUAUUCGCAGCUCCACAUCCAUAAAUUCAACAAACAAUGCAUCAGAAAUGUUUGGGGGUGGGUGGGGGGAAACACAAUAAAAAAUAACAAUACAACAAUAAAAAGUAAUAUAAAUUUAGCAAGCUGGAAAAAGAAAGUAAUACAAAUUAAAAAAUACAGUGUAACAUAACUAUUUACAUAGCAUUUACAUUGUAUUAGGUAUUAUAACCUUAGAGAUGAUUUAAAAUAUAGGGGAGGAUGUGUUUAGGUUGUAUGCAAAUACUGUGCCAUUUUAUAUCAGGGACUUGAGCAUCUGUGGAUUAAUAUCUAGAGGGUCCUGGAACCCAUCCACCACAGAUUCCUUGGGACAACUGCAUUCUGUGCAGUUCUUCUCUUCCCCUCUAGGCAUCUUAGAAAGAGGAGGAGCAAAGGGACUCAGGUGUGUUGCCCGCUGUGUGAACACUACUUCCCAUCUGACUCUAAUAGAGUUCUCUGAAGCAUUUAUUAUAAUCCCUUACAUUUGAGGAAAGUGAGAAAUGUAAUUUCCUUACAUUUGGGAAAGAUGAGACUGAGAGAAGGUAAUUGUUUUGCUUAAGGGUGGAGAGUGGACAAGCAAAGGUUCCAGUCUAAACUCUGUCUCCAAGCCUGUGCUUUUUCCACUCCACCAUUCAUGCAGCUGCUGAGAAGGAAGCUACACAGCCCUUGAAGCUAGAAGUUUUCUAGUUCUGUGUUAAGAUUAUGAAAUAUAGGGGUCAAGAGUAUGGACCCUGGAGACCUCCUGGGUUCAAGUCGGUCACUUUCUAGCUGUGUGACCUUGGGUAAAUAACUUUCUGUCUGUUAAAUAGAAAUAAAUAAUAGCACCUACCUGAUAGGAUGAGACAUUAAGUUAGUUGUAUGUCUAAAGCACUUAGUUGAAAGACUGACCAUUUUAGUAAGUGCUUUCUAGGUGUUACAUAGUUUGUUACUGUUAUGUGUUGAGUCUUCCCCUCUGCUAGACUUCAAGCCGAAUUCCAUGAAAUUUGUAAAUUCGAGGCCAAGACUUUACCUUAAAAUUUAUUUGUAUGUUUGUUAGCCUUUCUGUCUUUCUUAUACAAGGGGACACUACCUGAUCAUUUUUAUGAAAAUAGGAAGUUGGGGCCCUGUGUUGAUUAUUAUUGAAACCUCCAAUAUCAUCAAACUGUGAAGUUGUUACCUUUCCCCCAAAACAUGGAUCUCUAGAGAUUAGACCUUUUUUAACCCUACACUAGGACUUUGGAGGCAAAAAAAAUCUAGUCAGGUUGUGAGAAGAAUUGGAAGUGAUCUUCUGCAGUCAGUUGGGUGUUUUGAAGGUCUGAGUGUUCUUCAUUGUGAGUGGAAUGCUAGACGGUCUGUCUGGAUGGGAGGGCCCAGGCUAGUGGUUACAAUUUCUUAAUUUCAUGGACCUGUAAAAUUUUAAAGCAAAAAUGGAGGUUGGCCUAGGGUUGCCACCUGUAGUUUUCCAGGCAAGGACACUUUAAAAAAUAACUACAAUCUUGCUUUAUCAUUUCAUAAAAUAAUGGCCAUUUAAUUCUCAAACUCAAAAAAAAGCAGUCCUUGAAAUUAAAUACAUUUAACUAUGAUGAAACUCACCAUGUGCCUGUAGCUUUUGCCUGUUUUUGUUUGUUUUGUUUUCCCCCCAGGCACUCGUGAAAGAAUAAUCACCGGCCAGCAGUUGUAAGCCAUUUACCUACUUCUCUUAUGUGAUUCUAGAAGCCCAUCAUCCGUGUUCACACCAUUUUAGCAAAGCUGUAGUAACUUUCUCUGGAUGCAGCCAAGAAAAAGGCAGAUCUAAUUUCUGGCCCCUGGUAGUUCUAGAUCAUAUCUUUUUCUCCUGGGUUGGACAUGUGACUCCUGUGAAGGUCAGUAUUUUUCUUGAGUGCUAGGGAACCUGUGGCAGAGCUAGACUGUCCAAGAGUUUCCCUCUAUGGCCUUUCAUGCUGGAAACUCCAAAACAUCUGUUAGGACUCCAUGCUCUCCAGGAUCCAGCCAGGCGGUAACUCAGGGUAGAUCUGGGAUUAAUGGGAGCAGCUCUGAAAGGGAAGCAGAUGUGAAAAGCCAGAAACUGGGUCUCCCAAUUCAAAAGAAAGCAGGGCUGAAUUGAGUUGAGCAAUGAGCCAACUGCCUUAGUUGGCCCUUAGUUGUCCUGGACCACUUAGUUGUACUGGGAUGGAGUACAGGUGAGGGACUAUAAUCAUUCUCAAUACUCUCUGAUCUUCUGUCUCUGCUUCUGGAUUUUAGUCUUUGCCUGAGGUCACUGUUUGGGGGUGAAGUGGUAGAAAUAUAUAGAAGAUACUAACAGCAAGGAAUAUUCCUCAGAGUUAUUUGCUCUAUUCUGAGCAGCUAUUUCCUAAACAUGUGCUUUACUUGAGCUGGCUGCGCUUUGUGAACAAACAUCUGCGGGAACACCGUACAGCACGGUGUUAUGUGCCAUGUGCCUGCUUUCCUAGGUAGCUAACCCUCACCAAGUGUGAUAUGCUGUUGGCGAAACACAGCUACUAUCCAAAAACUGCUUUUGAGAUGCAGUAGCUUUCUCUGGAGAGGGAGUGGCACCCCUUCUGUGAUGUUCUUCAGUAAUAAAGGGAGUGAAUGAAGAGCUGGGGAGGAGAAGCAAAGGUUCUUUUUACACUUUACACCCUUACCCUCAGAGCGGGUGGAUCUUCUGCAGGUUUUUACCCUCAGAGCGGGUGGAUCUUCUGCAGGUUUUUACCCUCAGAGCGGGUGGAUCUUCUGCAGGUUUUUACCCUCAGAGCGGGUGGAUCUUCUGCGGGUGGAUCUUCUGCAGGGUGGUGUUUUAAUGAUAAUAACUGGAGUUUUCAGUUGGGAGAAGUGAAGAGCAGCUGUUUCUGAGUAUCAGCCUAACAAAGCUGGGAAACAUUUCAUGAAACCAUUUGUCCAGUCUUCGGUGUAGAAUAGUCUCUUGAGUUGUGACUCCCAGCUUUGCAGCUGGCUAGCUAUGGAUCCAUGAGUAAGUUAUAUAGUCUCCCGGCACUUCAGGUUCAGUAAAACUCAGCCAGUACCAUCCGACAUUGUGAGGAUUAAGAGAGAAUGUUAUGAAUGUCAGGAUAAACCAGUGCCUUCAACUGCGUACUCAGUAUGCACCAUUGUCAAAUCUGAGUAUUUUGGACAUUUUUUCACUUGUCAAAUGGGGAGUUACACUAGCAUUCUCUGUGGUUCUCUUCCUUUUCCCUGGUCUGUGGUGUAAGGAGCACAAGAAAAAGAGAUUUACAUGAAGAUCUGCCAGUAGGACCAGGAAGUUGGGAGAUAACUCUGUUUGUUUUGUGCUUCAGGUGUUUACAAAUCACUCUACUACUUGCGAUUUCAUUUACUCCCAUGUUAGCUCUGUGAGGUGAAGGGAACUGAUAUACUUUUACAGAAAGGAAAACUGAGGCUCAAGGAUGUGAAGUAAGGCUUUAAAGCUCCUGCACGGCUACUCAGCACUAGGUCCCAUUGGAUCUUAACAUCUCGGAUACCCAGCUGGUUGCUUUUCCUGUAGAACAGCAUGUGUUGAUAGCUUCUUAUCACCUAGUCAGUUCAACUAUGCUGAUUUGAGUUCAUGAGUUGGGCCAUGUCUGAACUGGCCUUCACUGCAGUGGGAUGUUGUCCUUAGCAACUCAUGUCUUUUCACUUUCUUCCCCAGUGGCUGGUGAAACGAGCUAUAGAAACAAAAGAAGAGAUGGGUGACUAUAUCCGCUCCUACUCUGUAUCCCAGUUCCAGAAGACUUACAGUCUCCCUGAGGAUGAUGACUUCAUAAAGAGAAAAGAAAAGGCCAUCAAGACAGUUGUGGACCUGUCAGAAGUGUACAAGCCCCGUCGGAAAUACAAACGCCACCAGGGAGCAGAGGAGCUACUUGAUGAAGAAUCUCGAAUCCAUGCUACGCUUUUGGAAUAUGGCAGGAGAUAUGGAUUUAGCCGCCAGAGCAAAACGGAGAAGGCUGAGGACAAGAAAACGGCACUUCCAGCAGGGCUGUCAGCUACAGAAAAAGCUGACACCCACGAGGAAGAUGAGCUUCGAGCAGCUGAAGAGCAGCGUAUUCAGUCGCUGAUGACCAAGAUGACCGCUAUGGCAAAUGAGGAGAGCCGUCUCACCGCAAGCUCCGUGGGCCAGAUUGUGGGACUCUGCUCUGCUGAGAUCAAGCAGAUUGUGUCCGAGUAUGCGGAGAAGCAGUCUGAGCUAACAGCUGAAGAAAGUCCAGAAAAAUUAGGAACCUCCCAGCUACAUCGCCGGAAGGUCAUUUCCUUGAACAAACAGAUUGCGCAAAAGACCAAACAUCUUGAAGAGCUGCGAGCAAGUCACACCAGCCUACAAGCCAGAUAUAAUGAAGCCAAGAAAACGCUGACAGAGCUGAAGACUUACAGUGAGAAACUGGACAAAGAGCAAGCAGCCCUCGAGAAGAUAGAAUCCAAAGCUGAUCCAAGUAUCCUACAGAACCUGAGAGCACUUGUAGCCAUGAAUGAAAAUCUGAAAAGUCAAGAACAGGAAUUUAAAGCACAUUGUCGAGAGGAGAUGACACGGCUACAGCAAGAAAUUGAAAACCUGAAAGCUGAGAGAGCACCAUGUGGAGAUGAAAAGACCCUCUCCAGUGGAGAGCCGCCUGGUACCUUGACCUCUGCAAUGACUCAUGAUGAAGACCUAGACAGACGGUAUAAUAUGGAGAAAGAGAAACUUUACAAGAUACGUUUACUACAGGCUCGAAGAAAUCGAGAAAUAGCAAUUUUGCACCGCAAGAUUGAUGAAGUCCCUAGCCGUGCCGAGCUAAUACAGUAUCAGAAGAGAUUUAUUGAACUCUACCGCCAGAUUUCAGCAGUGCACAAAGAAACCAAGCAGUUCUUCACUUUAUAUAAUACCCUGGAUGAUAAAAAGGUUUAUUUGGAAAAAGAGAUUAGUCUGCUGAAUUCAAUUCAUGAGAACUUCUCACAGGCCAUGGCCUCCCCUGCUGCCCGGGACCAGUUUUUACGUCAGAUGGAACAGAUUGUGGAAGGAAUUAAGCAAAGUAGAAUGAAGAUGGAAAAGAAAAAGCAAGAGAACAAAAUGAGAAGAGACCAGUUGAACGACCAGUACUUGGAGCUGUUAGAAAAGCAGAGGCUAUACUUUAAGACUGUGAAAGAGUUCAAGGAGGAGGGCCGCAAGAAUGAGAUGCUGCUGUCCAAGGUGAAAGCGAAGGCCUCCUGAACAUCCCCAGCCGUGGUUGUAUGUCAUUGAUUUUACUUUUAAGCACCGUGUAUCAACUACAAGAUCAUGAAAUGGUUCUGAAAGCGACAGUAGAGAGAUGCAGUUGUGAUGAUUUCAACAACCUAGAUGUUUUCUUUCUCCUCUUUGCUUCCAUUCAUCUCUGUUGGCUGCUGUUGAUGGAGUCAGACAGUAAACACGUGGCUUGGAUAACACCCAUCAUCCUAUGAAGAAUAUGGGGAGUACUUGUUCUCUGUUGAUUCAACUUUUAUGUCUCCAGUAACAUUGCGCUUAUGAAGGUACCUGUAUUUGUAUGGACUGUGAAUAAAGAAGAACUCAUUUGUUUAGCAAGUGUUAGUUCAGCAACCACUGAGAAAUAAGCACUGAGGAAGAUUCAGAGACAUGUAAAACACAGUUCCUACUGCACAGGUACCCAGCAGGUGGCCCAGGGAGGCAGAUACAGCACACUUGACCACAGAACUGGGCUAUCCAAGAUGUUUUUCAGUAAACAGAAGGCAUUUAGCUGAAAUGAUCAGCCCAUGUAGUGUUGGUCACUUGGGCCUUUCACCUGCCAUGGUACCUUUUGUUCCCAGCUCCUCCAGGUGCCAGCCAGCAGGCUUGGUGGUGACAGCAACUGGAAUGAAAAUUCAGUGUUGUUUUAAUUUUUAUACGUUACUCAAGUUUAUUUCUCAGAAAAUUGAAAACAGACCUUGUGCUGAGGACACUUCAAUAAAAAUUAUACCUUCCCCUGCCCCAGUGUUCAUGUGAGUCACAGCAUGCAGAGGGGCUGUGCAUCCCCCUCAUUGAAGGCACAUUUGAUGAGGCUACGCUGCAGAUGGGUCAUGGUCUGAGCCAGGAGAGAGAUAGACACUGUUCCCUGCACUCAAGGCAAGUGGGGUGUCAGGAGGAAGAGCAGUAGGGUUUGCAGAGAUCCAGGGAAACUUCCUGGAGGAGGCAGCAUUUGAGCCCUAUCUAAAGUGAGAAUCGGAUGUUGAUAGGAAGACUGUUUUAAAUGAAAAUACACUAUAAUUAAAAACCCAAGAGAGUGCAGAGGAGUACAAGGCAUGCAUGUUGGGAAAGGAGGGGAUAAGCUAGUCUCUGCAGGAGGCUUCAGAGACCCGUCUGGGAAGUAGGGCUGAGACUAGGCUUUGGAGGGCCUUGAAGGGCAGCUGAGGGUUGAUUUUAAUCCUUGGAAAUGACCAGUGCAGAUCAAACAUGGAGCUCCUGCUGCCCUGGUCCUCAGGAGUCUGGUAACUCAGUCAUGUUCUGUAGGUUUGUGCUCCAUUUUGCAUAAAUCUUGCAAACAUACCAGGUGGCAGGUUUGGACAGUAACACAAAAGCUUAAACAUGUCAAGCAAGUGGGGCAUUCAGCAGCCACAGAAAUGUGUUCAUUUUUAGUUCCCUAAUGGAUGUGAUUAAGCAGGGCUGAUGUGUACAGAUUUAAAAACACACACACGUGCUGGAUUAAAAACAGCCACUGGUUUCAAUGCCAGGGCCAGCAAGGCCUGCCUGAGCCUUGCAGCAGCGUGCAAAUAGAAACUGCCACCUGCGAGUGCUUCUUGGGCUAUGUGCAGCUCCACCUCAGCUGGUCCCUGAGCCGUGGUCAUGUGGGGGUUUUGAAGGGCUAAGUUGAAGCAAGUAGUUGCAAAAGAACAGGUGGCACUCUGAGGGCAGGGGAAGGAGACAGAAGUUUGACUGCGUUUGAAAUUAUUUCAGUCAGGGAAACAUCUGCGUUGUCUUGUUAAGCAGCUUGUAGGCCCACCCCUGGCUAACUGAACUUUGUGAGCAGUUGGGGCAGUUAUUUGAAUAUUUGUCCAAAGGUGGUAGGGAGGCAGAUGACAUUGUGGGGUUAUUGGAGUCCACCUCUGUGCUGAUGGGGAAAGUAUGGCAUGAUGAAUCCAAAGCAACCAGUAAUUCUUUUUGAAAGUGCAGGCAUUUAUUUUGAGCUGUAUUUCACAGGAGUUUCAUUUGGUUUGGUUUUGGUAUAGAGAGGUGUCCAUAGAUCUCUAUUCCCUUUUUUUUUUUUAAUCCACAAGGCCUACUACGGAUAAAUCAGUUUCUGUUGCCUGAAUACACUUUGAAUUAGACUACAGAAGCCAGUUUGAGCUCAAAUUUCACACUUGCUGCAGACAACUCUCAGUGUGGACAGUGCCUUUCUGAGUAAUUAGGAUGUUAUAUGACUUUUUGGUGAAGCCGUAUAGGCUAAGGAGAUGCCCCAAGGCCCCUGAUCAUUUCAGAAGCCACCUGGAGCACCAGAAGGGGUCAUCUUCCCAGGGCUAUGGCUCUGUGUGCUUAGACAUAGUAUGGAAUUGUGCUCUAAGCCCACAGGCUUCUCCAGAGUUAAAAGGAAGCAAGAACAUCCUUAAGUUACUUUUUCAAAAUGUGCACUUCAGGAGGAACCAGGUUUCCCCAGGAGAGACAGGCUCCCUGCUCAAUCAGCACAGGGAGUUGCUAGCGGGCAGGCUGCCCAGUGCUGUGGAAUCUCCGCCAGCCUCUGGGUUGGGGGCUCCCUCCCACUUCUUGCUUCUUAUGGAGUACAUGGGACUGCUCUGCUUUAAGCCGCAAUCAGAGCUGUUGUGAGCAGGACAAGAUUGCGUGAUCACGAGGUGCGUGGGGAGAUGCUAGGACAUUUGUUGAUGUCUUUGACCUGUGCUCCGUCUCUGUUGGAUGACUGGGGUUAGCUAACACCACUAGAGGGAGGUACAGAAUGUUAAACAGUCAUCAGAGUCACACUGAGGGUUGUUUUAACAGAGGGCGAAUUCCCAGUUUGUCAAACAUAUCUCUGUUAGAGUCCGAAGUUCAUGGUUUUAAUGGUUCUAGCUCGUAGCCCUUACGUAUUUUCAGGAUAGCUGGGUCCUGCCAGUGUCCGCUGAGUCCGUCAGCACAACCAGAAGGUCCAGGGUCCAGGCAUGGGAAGCAUUCUCUGACAAUACCGAGCCCUCGGGACCUCCUGAAACCUUGAGCAGAGGCUGGAGAAGACCUUCAGACAGUCCUUUUACUACCUCACAAAGUGCCAUGCCCGGGACCUCAGACCUCAGGGUUGUGACGUUGUUGAUGUCGUCAGGCCCCAGUACAUCUCUAGUGACCGAAGCAGACCUGCCUGAAAGGGCACUCUGGACAGUGAGCCCUGGCUAUAACCUGUGCCCUCAUAUUUCUGCUGCCUCAUAUGGUCUUGUUUGCCCACUCUGUAGGUGACUGAUGAUCACCCUAAAAGGGAGGUAGGUAUCUAGCAAUAGCACAGUUACUUUGAGCCUGACCCCUUGUUCUGAAGUGCAGAUGUUGAAACAUGCAUUGAGGAAGAACACUUUAAGGAAGCACUUUAUGAUUUACUCAUGGCUGGUGUUGGCCUCAAAGUAAAAGAACAUCUUAAUGCAGAACAGUACAAUAAAGAGCCCCAUAGGAUGGAUGCCAUCAUCUGUCCCCAUGGUUGGGAUUGCCAAGGAAAGUGCCUUGUUCCGUGCAUCUUCGGAAUCCCCCAGGCCCUCUCUUGAUCCUUUUCAUGAAGUCCAGAGCAUUCCUUCUAUGACAGGCUGAAGAUGCAUUGUAAAAGGUAAUGCUAUAAUAGUAUUCCCUCUUCUCACAAUAAAUGUGCAAAACUGGAGGAUCUGGUGCUGAUCUGCAGCAUACUUGACAACACAGGGAAUACCGUGGAUGUUCCACGCCAGCCUUACAUCCGUCCCCAAAAUGUGCCGAGCUCAUUGCCUGCCCAUGUCCAGUGGCCCUGGGCAACAAAAGUGAGGGCCUGUCUUACCACACUCUCCCCAGCAUCUAGCUCAAGGUAGAUGACUGACUGGGAAAUUCCGGUUGGAUAAAAUGGCUUUUCCACGUUGCAACUUUGCAUCUCUAUUAGGAAAAUUUAGAUUGAACCUUUCCUCUACUUGAUGCUUAGUUUGAGAACAGUUUUCACAACUUUAGAGGGUCUCUCUCAGAGUAUGUUAUACUGUAACCUUGAAGUUUGAGAUGAAACAAGGUGUCAGAGAUUUUGAAUCUUUCAAAGGAAUUGCCUUUUACAGAUUUUUUUUUUUUAUUCCCUAAGAAGGGAAAAAGAGAGGGAAGAACUACACUAAUGUUAGAGAUAAGAUAUGUUUUGGCUCAAAAUGUGUCAUGAACCUAAAGGUAACUUGAUGGGCAGAAAUGUCUCAGCCAUGUGAACCAAGAAGUGGGACCACAGUGCAAGGCUGUGGGUGGCAGCACUAGAUAUGGUGGUGGCAGGAGUGUGACAUGUAGGCAUUCCAUGGGGGACAGCUGGACGGUGUCUAUCAAAAGUGCAAAUGCGUAAGCUUUUUGAACUAGCAAUGCUGCUCCUAAGAAUUGUACCUGUGUACAAGGUACUUGUGUACAAGAGUUUUUGUUGAAACAUUGUAAUAGCAAAAAGUUGGAGAGUGCCACCAAUACAGGGGAAUGGUUAAAUACAUUAUGGCCAGCUUAAACAAUGGAAUAGUUUGCAGAAAUUUAAAACAAUGGAUCCUGUGUGUGUGUACUACUAUAGAAUGGUCCCCAAGAUGCAUGAUUAAGUGAGGAAAAAAGAAGCCCAUGGUAUCCUAAUGUUUGGAAUGGAGAAAGUAUGUAGAUAUAUGUGUGUGCAUAUGUUUUCACACUGACAUAUACACGUGUAUAUCAUAUGUCCACCUGCAUAUGCCUAGGAUGUCUCUGGGAGGAUAUCUAGCAGCCCGGCAGCCUGAAUUGCCUCUGGGAAGAGGGGUGGGAAUGACUUUUCAAUGUACACCUUUUGUACCUUUUGAAUUUUGUACCAUGUACAUGUAUUAUCUAUUAAAAAAUAGUUCUUAAUUUUUAAUUUGGUAUACUUUUCUUAAUAGAACCAAAAUGGAAGAAAAUUCUGAUUCUCUAAAUCUGCUUUCUUAAAGAUAAAGCCUUUGAUUCAAAA